AUGACGUACCAGGAGCGCAUCUAUACUUUCCGCAUUACCCUUGCUGACAAUGAAGACAGCCCAAAAUCUACAAACACGCCGAUGCCGACGGACAGUUUCGUCUUCUCCACACAGACAGACCGCUACGUGCUGCACCUGGGGUACGGUUGUCCCUGGGCGCACCGCAUCAACAUCGCGCGCAUCCUCAAGGGACUCGAAGACAUCAUCGAGCUGGUGGUACUGGACCGGGGCAGGGCCCGCACGGGUGGUUCUUCUCUGGCCAGUUUGGGUUUGCGGAGAGGGACCCUUUGUACGGAUUCAAGCGCUCAAGGAGCUCUAUCUCAAAGUGGAUCGCCCGAGAUCAUCCGCAUGUUCUACGCCAAGUUUGACCAUCUCCUGCUGCCCUAUGCGAUGCGCGAGGCCAACAAGCCCGGCGGUGGACUGUAUCCCGCGCCUCUGCGAGCCGACAUCGACGCCAUGAACGACUGGGUGUACGACAAGAUCGUCAACGGGGUGUACAAGACCAGGUUCGCCACGACGCAGGCAGCGUACCGUGCGAMCCUGCACCAGUUGUUCGAGUCGCUGAACCGGGUCGAGGAGCAUCUCGGACAGCCCGGUCACCAGCCGUAUCUGUUCGGGGCGAACAUCACCGAGGGCGGAUAUCCGGCAGUACACGACGAUUGCUCGCUUCGACGUGGCAUAUUACCUGAACUUCCGAUGCAAUCUCAGAAUGAUCCGGCAUAA